AUGUGUAGAUCAAGGAUUUUGAUCUCUACGUUCGUGAUUUGUUUCUUAGCCGGCUUUCCUUCCUCGAGCUCUCUCUCGUUCAACUUCGCUAGCUUCCCAAACGAUGUCUUCGUGUCCGAUAUCCUUCUCCAAGGCGAUGCGGAUAACGGCAAUGGUGGCAUCGAGCUCACCAAAGACACCUUAAUCGGAACGGUCGCCGAGAGUGGGGGCAGAGCGAGCUACCAGAAGGAUAUCUUCCUCCUCUGGGACGCGCAAACCAUGCAGCUGUCAGAUUUCACUACUCGUUUUGUCUUCGACAUCAGGCCUCAGGCGCAGACUAAUUUUACCGGCGACGGCCUCGCUUUCUUCUUGUCGGUGCCGAUGCUCCAUGUCCCCAACAAUUCCUUAGGCGGCAGCCUGGGCCUCUUUACUUGGUCACCUCAUCUUCCCACACCCCCGGAGAACACAACGGUGGCGGUGGAGUUCGAUACAUUCUCAAAUGGCGAGAUCGUUAAUGACCCGGCUGGAAGCCACAUCGGAAUCGACAUCAACUCAGUGAACUCGACGGUGACGGCAAGUUGGAGCAAUUUUAUGGGAAAGACGACCGGCAAGUUGGAGCAAUUUUAUGAAGGUUUUUUCACCGGCAAGUAA